AAUAACAGCUGCACUUAUCCAUUCCUAACAGCCUGUGUCAAAAUGCUGAAUUUAAAUUAGGUACUGUUCUUGUACGAGAUUUUUCUACCUUGCUAGACCAUGGAAGUAGCCCGAGGUGUUACAUGUUCGGGUGAGCAGAGAGGCUGAAUGAGCAGGCAUGGGGAAGUGUUCAAAAGAUAAAAGAGACAUCUACUACAGACUGGCAAAGGAAGAAGGGUGGAGAGCUCGCAGUGCCUUUAAACUUCUACAGAUAGAUGAAAAUUUUAAAAUAUUUCAAGGUGUACAGAAGGUUGUUGAUCUGUGUGCAGCACCAGGAAGCUGGAGUCAAGUCCUCUCUAGGAAGCUCAGGGGAGAAGCUGGUGACAAAUCUGAUGCCAAAAUUGUAGCUGUUGACCUCCAAGCCAUGGCCCCCAUCCCUGGUGUCAUUCAGCUGCAAGGGGACAUAACCAAGAAGUCGACAGCACAGGCCAUCAUUGGUCACUUUGAGGGUGAACAGGCUGACCUGGUGGUAUGUGAUGGGGCCCCUGAUGUAACUGGUCUACAUGACAUAGAUGAAUACAUACAAGCACAGUUACUCCUUGCUGCCCUCAACAUCACAACUCAUGUUCUGAAGAAAGGAGGCACAUUCAUUGCAAAGAUUUUUCGUGGAAAAGAUGUCACAUUACUCUAUUCCCAACUGAAGAUUUUUUUCCCAGAAGUGACGAUAUUCAAACCAAGAAGCAGUAGAAACUCUAGCAUUGAGGCGUUUGUGGUUUGCCGGGCCUACUCACCUCCACAGGGCUAUGUACCUAACAUGUCCAAUCCACUUCUAGAUCAGCAGUAUGAUGUUGAUUUUAACAACUUAGAGGGGCCAAACAGAGUGAUUGUUCCUUUUCUGGCCUGUGGUGACCUGAGUGGUUUUGAUUCAGACAGAACAUACCCACUGGAGCUUGAGCCUGGGAAAGGGUAUAAAUACCACCCUCCUACUCAGAGCCCUAUCAACCCACCCUACAAAGAGGCAUGUUACCUGAGGAAAAACGACCUGCUGUCAAAACCAGCCACAGCAUUUCCCCCACCCCCCACCAGUCAGUCACGUGACCCACUAACAAAUGAAAUAUGUCCGGUUUCUGAUGUUAAAGCAUUGACAAAAAUUGAAAGUAUUGGUGAUACACAAGAACUUCAAGGAGCCUGCUGUGGAAUAGAAAGCCUGGAUUUGACUCCAUCAUGAUUUGAAGGUGUUUUGCUGUACAUGAAAAAAAAGGCUUGCUUAAUUUUCAUCGAUAGACUGAUAUUAGUUGAUAUUAGCUCUGCAGAAGGAACUUUAAGGGUGUCAUUUGGGCCAUGGUUUUGUCAAAUAAAUUAUGCAUUAUUUCUGAAAGGAAAAGUGUUUCUGGUUUAUGACAAUAAUUCUAAAAAUAUUUUCAAUCCAUGGAAUUUCACAGUAUGGCAGGAGUUUGAAGUUCACGUCAGAGUCUUAUCACCAAGUUUACUAACUUAAUUAUUUAUUUCUAGAAGUCAAUCCUGGACAAAAAUUUAAUAUGGAUUCAGGCAUUUCAGUCAAACAUUGCACAAAUCACCAUUGCGAAAAUUGCCAUUGUGCAAACCAGCACUGUGCAAAUCACCAUUUUGCAAAUCACCACUUUACAAAUAACAAGUGUGCGAAUCACCAAUGUGCAAAUCACCUUUGUCUAAAUCGCCUUUGUCUUAGUGAGUAGUUUUUCCCCCAUUUUGU